AUGCCGUCAGCGGCCCAGCCCCGCCUCCCGAGAUGUGGCAGGCCUCCUCCCUGCCCUACACUUUCUACCACCUGCCUUCCGCCUUGCAGGGACGCUACCACCGGCUCCGGGAAGCCCCUCCCGCAGACCUGCCGCUCCCCUGCCUCAGAAGGAGCUGCUCGACCGACAGAUACCAAGGUCGUCUUUGCGCCGGCGUGCGACCCAUUUAAUACGGUAGAGGAUUUAAAACCCUGCCCAAGAGCCUACUGCCUGGGGUGGCUCCCAUACCAAAGUCCGAGAAGCGAGGGAAGGGAGACCUCGAAGGAGGGUGACGUGGCUCACCGCUGCUACGAGAUCCAUCGCGGGAAGCCCAUACCCCCACGUGGCGUAUCUCCUGAACCGCGCUUCUUUUUACCUUCUGCCCCGUUCCUGGAGCCUUCCGGUCACUUACAAUUCAAACAAAAGAAACACCAAAAAGCUAGUUCGUGUGUCAUGGGCUCCUUUUCUCUGUCUCGGCACCAGAAGGUUCUAGAAACCGUUUGCAGACUCUCCUCAGGGACUCAGAAGGUCAGGGCGAGAGAAGGGUGGAGAGAAAUUGGGUUGCAUGUAUCGGUAGUGAGAGUGGAGAUCCUGAGGAAUAUAUCUGCUGCUUCUGCCGGUCUCUCUCCCUCAGUCAUCAAGCGCCGUCGCCGAGCACUUCUCAAACGGUCCCGUACGCACACGCACACACACAAACACACACGCCAGGAGAGUCUUGUUAACAAGCCCGUGGUCCUGCGUUUCCAGCAUGCUCACGGGACCCUAAUGCUGCUGAUCUGGAGACCUCGCUUUGAGCAGCGAGACUGCGGGUGGCGUCUGAACCUGACGGUCCGUGGGCUAUUAUUCCGUAUAGGAUGCCGGGACGGCUGGGUAGCCAUCCAGAAAAAGUAACGUCAGACUUAUACUCCCAAUUCCUGUACUAGGACGGAUACGAAGAAGUGUGAUCUGUGCUCGAGGUGGAAAUGCAAAAUGAUGAACAAUUGAAAGGACAACGGGCAAAGAAUAGAGACACUCAGUAACUUGACCAAACUCACAAGAAGCCGGUGCGUGAACCGGAAUGAGAAACCAUUAAUCUGCAAUGGGAAAUACUCCUUUGCGAUGACAGAACACGCAUGUCUGCCAUCCCAGGCACCUCGCUGCACAGAUCAAGAUGCCCGUGACGUUCCGUGAGGGAGCCCAGUGGGGCGCCUGGCUGGCUCCGUCAGAAGAGCAUGGGACUCUCGAUGAUCUCAGGGUCGUGAGUUCAGACCCCAUGUUGGGCAUGGAGCCUACUUUAAAUAAAUUAAAUAAAUAAAUAAAUAAAUAAAUAAAUAAGCGAGCACGCACGCACAAGAUGACCAGAUAAACGUGGAAGCGAGCAGAAAGUUGGUAGAACGCAGUGAGGGUCAUAAUUACCACAAGCCAGGAGGUCUGCCGGUCACCUUCCACAUGUAGAGAUCACAUUAUAUAAUAUUUAUUCAUUCACUUAUUCGACCAAAUAUACGAAGUGUCCAGUAUAUGCCAGGUACUGUCCUAAGCACUGGAAAUAUAACUGUGGACUAUGGAAUAAAGAACAAAAACAACAAACAAACAAACAAACAAAAAACAGGUAAGGGAGAACAGGGGCCCUGAGUGGAGGAGGGAAGAUUAAGAUUCUAUGGCUGCUGUCAGUACUCUCCCUUUCCAGAUGAGGAGCUACAGAGAAGUGAAUGGCCUGAGGUGUUUCCCUGUGCUUGGUUCUCACAGAUAUACUACGUACCAAACAUGUUUUGUUAUUCCCUCUUUUUAAAAAAAU